CGACUCUCGUAGUCAGUUUGUAUCAGCUGUUGCGAGCAGGAAGACGAGGUCUCUUUGUUUUCGUUGAGUCGUAGAUAUGAAAUGCGAGAAACAUUUCUCUCGUCUGAAAGCUCCAACUCGGGGAACCUCCACGUGAGAGACGCUACAUGCCAGUGCAAUUCUCUUCCACUCUCGGUGCAGACAGACUAUGCACCCGUCAUAUUCCCCUUGACUGACCAGCUCCACUGAAAUGGCUAGCAAUAGAGGAGUGCUAAGCCUCAGGUUCAACCAAGACCAAGGAUGCUUUACUUGCUGCAUGGAAAGUGGACUUCGCAUAUACAAUGUGGAUCCAUUGGUUGAAAAAGCUCAUUUUGAUUUGGAGUUAAUGGGCAGUGUAGCUAUAUGUGAAAUGCUACAUCGUACAAAUCUCAUUGCCAUAGUCGCUGGUGGUUCACAUCCUAAAUUUGCUGACAACACUGUUCUAAUUUAUGAUGAUCAUGCAAAAAAAUUUGUGUUGGAAAUAACAUUUACUACUCCCGUCAAGGCUGUCCGUUUAAGAAGAGACAAAUUGGUUGUGGCUCUGCUCAAGGAGAUUCAUGUUUUUAGCUUUCCUGCCCCAGCUCAACGAUUGUAUACUGUUGAAACAAGAGAGAAUGCAUUAGGGUUGUGUGAAAUCAGCCCAAUUGUUACUGCAGAAAGGCAAUUAUUAGCAUCUCCUGGACAUAAAAUAGGGAGUGUACAACUUGUUGAUUUGUCUAAUACAGAGGCAGGUAUAUCAUCAACACCACUUACUAUCAAUGCACAUAAAGGAGAACUAUCUUGUCUAGCAAUAAAUCAGCAAGGCACUUUAAUUGCAACAGCUUCAUGCAAUGGGACAUUAGUGCGUGUAUGGUGCACAUUGCGAAGGGAACAAGUGGUAGAAUUGAGACGCGGCUCUGAUCCAGCAACAUUGUAUUGUAUAAACUUUAGCAGGGACUCAGAGUUCUUAUGCUGCUCAAGUGAUAAAGGAACUAUACAUAUAUUUGCAUUGAAGAAAACUCAUCUUAAUCGACGGUCCACGUUUUCUAAAAUGGGUAUUCUUGGAACUUAUGGAGAAUCCCAGUGGGCACUGGCAAAUUUUACAGUCCCUCCCGAAUGUGCCUGUGUCUGUGCUUUUGGCUUGCGGAAUUCCGUCAUUGGUAUUUGUUUAGAUGGAACUUUCCACAAAUAUGUUUUCAACGAUGAUGGCAACUGUAACAGAGAAGCAUUUGAUGUCUAUUUAGAUGUAUGUGACGAUCAUGAGUUUUAGGUGGAGAAUUGUAGGAUUAAGUUUGCCUUGAAGUUUCUGUGAUAAUUUUUGGGGGUGUUCCCUUUAAAAUCAAGCAAUCGCCUACCCCCUGCUUUUGUAUUUUUUGGAGUUUACAGAAUGUUUAGCUCUUUUAGGUCUGUAUUUUUCUGUCCAGUAACUUAUCUGCUACUUAAUAGUAUAUACCAAGAAUUUAUGCCAUUGUUGCUUGUCUAUUAUACAAUUAAUUUAUGAACUUAUUUUUAUUCCAAGUAAGUCUUCUACAUUUUCAGUUCAAAAUUUAUUUAAGUCAAGUCAAAAAUCUAGGCAGAUAAAAGCUUUCACUGCUUUGUUAAAAUGUUUCUCUUGUUUGAAAGGCUGUGGUUCCAAUUGUGUUUUCCUGUAAGUUGUGUAAGUAGAUGGUAGAGUUGUUGCUAAGUCAUGUGAUUAAAUUGUCAAGCUUGUUGACAAUAUUGUUCAUACAGCUCACAUGUAAUGCUAUAUUAUGUGUGGGAGCCAGCCGCUAAACCGUGAAGUGCACUUAAACUUGUUCUUUGAGUGCUUUCCAAUGAUGCACUUCUCUUUGGUUUGGUUUGGGACCAAAUAUACACAGCCAUUGAGAAGUUGAUCCUCAACAAUAGUUUGGAACUGUGUGGAUAGUUCCUCGGCUUUCUCUUCAUAGCACUGGUAUGUUUUUCUGCUAUUUGUAUUUCAUGAAAUGUUCUUCCUGAUUUUUUACUGACUUGACCUAUAAUAGGCUUCAACAGUAGGUAGAAUUGUUAUUCUUAAAAUACCCUUUGAGUUGGAAGGCCAUUUUCAUUAAUUCCAUUCCCUCCUCCCACAAUUUUAAAGAUAUCCUGGAGUGAAAUGACAGUCAAUCAUUGGAUGCACACUCAUGUCAUGUAACUGUAAAACUUAUUCUGCCUAUUUUGUGUUGUUUUUUUUGAAAGUACAGUAGUAUGUUCUGUGUUUUAUGAACUUAUUACAAUUGUUGAAAUGCUUUUUGGUGAUUGAUAAUUUAUCAAAUUUCAUUGAACCUGAAUGUUUCUUGAUGUCUCUGGAUUUGUCGUCUUCCAAUCCUUCUGAAAAUUAAAAAUUUGAAUUAAGGUUACCUACUGCUUAAGGUAGCCCUACUUGAGAGAAUGUGUGUAACAUUUUGCCAAAUGAUUUUGAGCUUAUUUUGGGAAUAGAAAUUAAUAAUUGCUUUUACAAAUUUUGCGUGUUAUUCUUAAAGUAGGUAGGUUCUUAGUUUUAUGGUCUUCCAAGGCAAUCAAGAUCUCAACGGAGACUUCUACAUAAAUGAAGGGAGGAGGGGCAUUAAUUUGACCAGUUGGAGAUGUGUGACUGGUAUAUUUUUUAGCAUACCAAUCUUAAAGAAUGGAAAAUGUAAAAGAUAUUCUGUAUGUACGUGUUAAUAGUCAUCUACUCUUGCGUCUAUGUAAGGAAACACUUAAACGAUGAUUGUGUAUCUAUUUACACACGUGUUGCGAAAAAUCGUUUUGUAAUUUUUUUACCCUUUAAUGUUUUCUACUGUCCUUAAAAAUUUGUAAAAAAGAAAAAAAAAUGAUUAAUAAACUGAUUGUUGCUGUGAAUACUGGUAA